UGUCUGUUCCCAGGCCCAGCCCUAAAACCUCAUGCCACCUGCUGGCAACAGAGUACCAGGUGGUUCCUACCUGAUUUGCUCAUUUCUGAGCUGCAGCAAUACCUGGUGUAACACACAUGCACCCAGGCACACACACUCUGCCCAGGAGGGGCCUCCUGGCCCUCAAAGAGGAGGAAUUAGUCACACCAGAAAUACAUUGUUGGGGCCACUGGGGUCUGAGCCCAUCCCUGGGUCAGUGGUGGUAUUUUCACUGUGGCCAGAGCUUUUCUCAGGGUUCCUGUUGACUUGCUGUGUAAACUCUUCCCCAGGUGAGACCCCAGGUGAGAGAGGGAAGUCAGAGGGGGGGUGUGUUUGUGCAUGUGACUUGGAUGAGCCCCCUGGUGCUUCCCUUUGGGUCGAGAUGGGCGGUGGUGGGAUUGGGGUGGCCCCGGCCUCCUGCCUGCCACCUGGUGCAGCGUCGGGGGAGAGGUACUCUGCAGGCUGCAGCUCCCCUCGGGUCUCUGUGACACCCGGACCAGGCCUCAGUGUUGCCCUGGCCACCCGUGGGGAUUUCCAGAGUGAGCUCAUGCCUCUGCUCCCGGUUUCCCAUCCGGCUGGGCCGGGCUGGGGGAGGAGUGGCAGGGACGUCAGUGCAGACUGACCUGGCGCGUGGUGACCACGGCAGGGAGGCUGCCAGGCAGCGGCAGCUCUCAGGACUGGCAUAAAGAAAACAGUUUCUUCUCAACUUCAGAAGUACAGACAGCCCCCGUGUCCACAUUCCCUCACGCGGCUGUGAGCACCAAGGGAGCUGCCCUCCUUGACCGAGCCAUCUGUCCAUCUUUCCUUCUGUCUCUGCAUCCAUCCACCUCUCUGCAGAGCUGAGGCUUGACUCCAGAGCAUCUGUGCAGAGUGAGGAAAGGACUAGAACAUGCUCUAAAGUCCACUGCAACAAGACCUAGGAAGCUGCGAGCUCAGCCUAAACCCUAAAGGGGACACGGAUCCGAGCCCUGGUCCAGGAGGAUCCCACAUGCCUCGAAGCAACUAAGCCCGUGUGCCACAACUACUGAACCUGUGCUCUAGAGCCCGAGAGCCACAACUACGGAAGCCCACACGCCUAGAGUCUGUGCUCCACAACAAGAGAAGCCACUGCAAUGAGAAGCCCGUGCACAGCAACAAAGAGUAGCCCCUGCUCACCACAACUAGAGAGAACCCAUGUGCAGCAACAAAGACCCAACACAGCAAAUAAAUAAAUUAAUUAAUUAAUUAAAAAAAAAAAAGAAAGCUCAGGUAGAGCUAUCUACCUGCAUUGACGGAAGGAUGUCCACGUUGUAGAAGACAAGUUCUGCCCUGCCCCGGCACCCACCAUGGCCUCUGCUGAUAAGAAUGGCGAGAGCGUCUCCUCGGUGUCCAGCAGCCGCCUGCAGAGCCUGAAACCACCCAACCUGUCCAUCACCAUCCCUCCGCCCGAGACCCAGGCCCCCAGCGAGCAGACCAGUAUGCUGCCCCAGAAGCCCAGGAACCCGGCCUUCCAGAAGAGCAUCAGCCUCCAGGAGCCACGGGCACGAUGGCAGGAGGGCAGCUCGGAGAAGCGCCCCGGCUUCCGCCGCCAGGCCUCCCUGUCCCAGAGCAUCCGCAAGGGCGCGGCCCAGUGGUUCGGGGUCAGCGGCGACUGGGAGCUGAAGCGGCAGCACUGGCAGCGCCGGAGCCUGCACCACUGCAGCGUCCGCUACGGCCGGCUCAAGCCCUCGUGCCAGAGGGACCUGGAGCUCCCCAGCCAAGAGGUGCCCUCCUUCCAGGGCACCGAGUCUCCAAAACCCUGCAGGAUGCCCAAGAUCGUGGAUCCCCUGGCCCGAGGACGGGCGUUCCGCCACCCGGACGAGGUGGACCGGCCCCACGCCCCGCACCCACCCCUGACCCCCGGGGUCCUGUCCCUCACCUCCUUCACCAGCGUCCGCUCCGGCUACUCCCACCUGCCCCGCCGCAAGAGGGUCUCUGUGGCCCAUAUGAGCUUUCGAGCUGCCGCGGCCUUCCUCAAGGGGCGCUCGGUGCUGGAUGCCACGGGACCGCGGUGCCGGGUGGUCAAGCGCAGCUUUGCCUACCCCAGCUUCCUGGAGGAGGACGCGGUCGAUGGGGCAGAGACAUUCGACUCCUCGUUUUUUAGUAAGGAAGAAAUGUGCUCCAUGCCCGAUGAUGUGUUUGAGUCGCCCCCGCUCUCUGCCAGCUGCUUCCGGGGCAUGCCACGCUCGGCCUCCCCGGUCUCUCCCGAUGGGGUGCAGGUCCCUCUGAAGGAGUCUGACCGAGCCCCAGUGCCCGUGGCCAGACGUGGCAAGCGCAUCGCCUCCAAGGUGAAGCACUUUGCCUUCGACCGGAAGAAGCGGCACUACGGCCUGGGCGUGGUGGGCAACUGGCUGAACCGCAGCUACCGCCGCAGCAUCAGCAGCACCGUGCAGCGCCAGCUGGAGAGCUUCGACAGCCACCGGCCCUACUUCACCUACUGGCUGACCUUCGUCCACAUCCUCAUCACACUGCUGGUGAUUUGCACGUAUGGCACUGCGCCCGUGGGCUUCGCACAGCACGUCACCACCCAGCUGGUACUCAGGAACAAAGGUGUGUACGAGAGCGUGAAGUACAUCCAGCAGGAGAACUUCUGGAUCGGUCCCAGCUCGAUCGACUUGAUCCACCUGGGAGCCAAGUUCUCGCCCUGCAUCCGGAAGGACCGGCAAAUCGAGCAGCUGGUGCUGCGGGAGCGAGACCUGGAGCGGGACUCGGGCUGCUGUGUCCAGAACGACAACUCGGGCUGCAUCCAGACUCAGCGGAAGGACUGCUCGGAGACGUUGGCCACUUUUGUCAAGUGGCAGGAUGAUACGGGGCCCCCCGUGGACAAGUCCGGUCUGGGCCAAAGGCGGACAUCGGGGGCCGUGUGCAGCCAGGACCCCAGGACCUGCGAGGAGCCGGCCUCCAGCGGUGCCCACAUCUGGCCCGACGACAUCACCAAGUGGCCAAUCUGCACGGAGCAGGCCAAGAGUAACCUCUCGGGCUUCCCGCACAUGGACUGCCAGAUCCGGGGCCGGCCCUGCUGCAUCGGCACCAAGGGCAGCUGUGAGAUCACCACUCGGGAAUACUGUGAGUUCAUGCACGGCUAUUUCCACGAAGAGGCCACGCUCUGCUCCCAGGUGCACUGCUUGGACAGGGUGUGUGGGCUGCUGCCAUUCCUCAACCCCGAGGUCCCGGAUCAGUUCUACAGGCUCUGGCUGUCUCUCUUCCUCCAUGCUGGCGUGGUGCACUGCCUCGUGUCUGUGAUCUUCCAAAUGACCAUCCUGCGGGACCUGGAGAAGCUGGCCGGCUGGCACCGCAUCUCCAUCAUCUUCAUCCUCAGCGGCAUCUCUGGAAACCUGGCCAGUGCCAUCUUCCUGCCGUACCGCGCCGAGGUGGGCCCGGCAGGGUCACAGUUUGGCCUCCUGGCCUGCCUGUUCGUGGAGCUCUUCCAGAGCUGGCAGCUGCUGGAGCGGCCCUGGAAGGCCUUCCUGAACCUGUCAGCCAUCGUGCUCUUCCUGUUCAUCUGCGGCCUCCUGCCCUGGAUCGACAACAUCGCCCACAUCUUCGGCUUCCUCAGCGGCCUGCUGCUGGCCUUCGCCUUCCUGCCCUACAUCACCUUUGGCACGAGUGACAAGUACCGCAAGCGCGCCCUCAUCCUGGUGUCACUGCUGGUCUUCGCCGGCCUCUUCGCCUCACUGGUCAUCUGGCUCUAUGUCUACCCCAUCCACUGGCCCUGGAUCGAGUACCUCACCUGCUUCCCCUUCACCAGCCGCUUCUGCGAGAAGUACGAGCUGGACCAGGUGCUGCACUGACCACCUGCCCGGCGGGGCCAGCGGGACUGCUCCCACGCAGCGCUGAGGGCACGGGGACUGCGCCCGGGCCGGGCUGCCUGCCUGCACAGCGCCCACCCCCACUCCAGAGACCCCUCCCUCCCCCAGGAGAGGCUGAGUCCUCGGGAGACGCUCAUCAAGGGAGGUUCCUAGGGGGACUGAGCCCCCCUGCCUCAGGCCUGGGCUGGGGGACACGGAGCACGUGCUCCUCCGCAGCUCGGGGCCCAGGCCCUGACGUCACCCCGCUGCUCUGCUGUCGGGACCACCUCCUGGGGUGGGCUCCUUUCUUCCUGGGGUCCUGGGGUGCUGCCCAGCUCCCACCCGGCUCUGCUGGUACGUUGCUUCUCCCCAUUACUGUGAGUGCACCCUUCCUGGGGAGGAGGCUGGGGUUCCCACCAGGUUCCCAGCCCUGCCUGGCCACAGCCCCCUUCCUGUUUCCCCUCCCCUCUCUGCCUUGUGAGUCCACGCCCUGCAUUCAUCCAUGGCCUGGUGAGCCUGCCUGUGAGGCUCCUGGACAGAACCUUGUGGGAGAGGCUUUGGGUGUGGUCUGGGGCAGAGAAGGAGCAAAGACUGGAAGCAGCUAGACUGGGAAGCUGAGAAGCUCCUCUGUUCUCAGUAAACAGAGACUGAACCCGCACCUCCCCCAGGCCCCGCAGCCCCUCCCAGCCCAGCCCCUGCCUUCCAGUGUUCUGCCUCCAGGGGCUGGACGGACCCUGGCCAGCCCACCACCCUCUGCCUUACUUCUGCCCGAGGCGGGGGCAGGGCACCCCAAGGACCUGUACCUAGGGCUUACCCACGAUCAAUCAGGCUCCUUUUUUUUUUUUUAACCAGUUUAUAUUAUGGUCCUAAUUUUUUUUAAAGUAACGCUAACACUGUACAGAUGAUGUCUGAAACGUAUUAAAUGAUA